GGGAGGGAGCAAGGAGGAGGAGGAGGAGGAGGGCGGCGGAUGCGCUGCUUCUCCAGUCUCGCUCUUCGCGUCUUUGUCUCACACUCUUUGUUAGCCAUGCCUAGCCUGCUGGUGCUGUCAGGGAUCAUGGAGAAAAAUGGGGGCUACGGCUCGGAACUGGCCGCCUCCGGCUUUGGUACCGAGAGCCUCCUGGCGCCGCCCGACGAGGAGGAAGAGGAGUCGCGGGCGCUGCGGGUUGCGCUGGGCCAGCUCUCCUUGCUCGGGCUCGGGGAAAGCGAGGAGGGCGCUGGAGUUCAGGAGCGGAGCAACAACAACAACAAUCACCACCACCACGGCCACAGCCACGCCAACAGCGUCGGCGGAGGAGGUGGUGGUGGUGGAGGAGGCGGUGGUGCUGGAGAAGCCGGGAUCUUACAAGGCAAGAGCAAGUUGUGCGCCCUGUACGAGAGCUCCGGUUCUGAGACCAAAGCGCGCGGCUGCAACAUCACCGAGUGUGUGCCCGUGCCCAGCUCGGAACAUGUGGCGGAAAUAGUGGGCAGGCAAGGUUGUAAAAUCAAAGCCUUGCGGGCGAAAACCAACACCUACAUCAAGACCCCGGUGCGGGGUGAGGAGCCCGUCUUUCUCAUUACCGGUCGCAAGGAAGACGUGGCGUUGGCUAGACGCGAGAUCAUCUCAGCGGCUGAGCACUUCUCCAUGCUGCGUGCAUCCCGGAACAAGCUGGGCGUGUCAUUUAAUGGUUCUCCCCCCGCCCUGCUGCCAGGCCAGACCACCAUCCAGGUGCGCGUGCCUUACCGUGUGGUGGGCCUGGUGGUGGGCCCCAAAGGCUCCACUAUCAAGCGCAUCCAACAGCAGACGUGCACGUACAUCGUGACUCCGAGCCGCGAUCGCGACCCGGUCUUCGAGAUCACCGGUUCGCCGGGCAACGCGGAGCGAGCGCGGGAGGAGAUCGAGGCGCAUAUCGCUUCGCGCACCGGCACCCUCCACGACCACAACAAUGAGAACGACUGCCUGGCCACGGAGAACAGCACCAACGGUGGGCCGGAGAGCCGCCUACAGCACGCAUGGGGGCUUCAGGGCGGUCAGCGCAAGCCACUCGCUAGCAGCUACCGCCAGAAUUUCUCCGACGCCGUGCUGGGAGGUACCGGAAGCGGAAGCGUUGGAGUCGGUAUGGGCAUUUACAGCAAAUCCGACUUCUCGACCCCUACCAACGGAGACAAGCCAUGCUCUUAUUUUGGUUCUGAAGGGUCCCAGAGCUGGGGUGACCCCGAUUAUCCCAAGCAGGUGGCCUACUAUGUCCAGCAGCGCUCAAAGAGCUUCGGAGGCCUGCCCUUGCCCUUGACCAGACUGUCUCCGGGUCUUCCGGAACCUUCUGGAAACAGCAGUGCCGGAUCCACUGGCAUAGGGUCAGCCCAUGCCCAGGCUCGACGUGCCCACAGCGAGCCCACCUCGACCCGAGACUGCAUGACUUGCUUCGAGAGCAAAGUGACGGCCGCUCUGGUGCCCUGCGGCCACAACCUCUUCUGCAUGGAGUGCGCCAUCCGCAUCUGCGAGCUGAACCAUCCCGAAUGCCCCGUCUGCCACACGCUCGUCACCCAGGCCAUCCGGAUCUUCUCUUAAAAAGGUUGUUUUUUUUUUUGUUGUUGUUGUUGUUUUGUUUUUUUUGGUGCAUUGGUUUUAACUAGAUAUUUUUUACCUACUUUUAUUAGUUUAGCAUUUGUUUGGUCAGUAUUGGUCAGUAUGCCCCAUGUACGUCUUGCUUUUUUUCAGAAAAUGAAAAAAAAUCAAAACGAGCAGAUAUUUUAGAAGACACUGCUUGCUUUACUAAAAAAAGAGUAAGAAGUAUUUUCAGAUUUUUUCUUUUAUAUAUAUACACACAUAUAUGCAUAUAUAUUUUAUAAACUUUUGUUAAAAUGGGGAAAAUUUUAACUCAAUGUUCGUUUUUUUUUUUUUUUUUUCUCUUUUCUUGGCUGUUAAUUUAUUUUAUUUUUUACUGCUGCUGUUUUUCCACAUGAAUUGCAAUGUGGGUAGAAACAGAAGAAAUAAUGUGAAUGUUUUACACUUUGUUUUAUUUUGGAAGUUAUUACCAUUAUUAUAAUUAUUAUUAUAAUAUAUAUAUAUAUAUAUACAUAUAUAUUACUAUUAUUAUUAACGUUAAUUUUUACGAUUGGAAAGAAUAUAGUUUUACAUCCCAGCAUUUGUCUGCAAAUAGACAAAGAUGCUUUUUAAAGGUAAAAGUAGAUAAAUGACUGAAUCUUAAGUCUAUCAUUGCACCUUAAAACUGAUAGCUUGAUUGUCACUGGAAGAAAAAAAAAAAAACACACACACACACACAAACACAAAAAACCGUAUUUGUUUAAUCCUGCUUUGUGAAGAUCCGGAUCUGGAACACACUCACAGGACUUUGUGCAUUCAAACACUUAACUUCAAUAGCAAACUAUAAAAACAAAAUCGACACACAAUAACUAACAGAAAUAUGGGUUUUGUUUUGUCUUUAUAACAGUUUUGAAUCGGUGUUUGAGGGAUUCUGGGUUUUGUUUUACAAAAAUUGCACACGUUCAUAAUCUAUGAUAUAACGGUGGGAGGGGGGAGGGGGUUGUGAUGCAUUCUCGCUUUACACCUCUUGCAUUGUAAAAAUGAAAAGGAUGUCCUAGUAUUGAGCCAUAAACUGACCAAUCAGUUCAAACGUUGGACUUACAAAAGAGGCAUUUCCCCGUUUUUUUUUUUUUUUUUUUUAUUUCAUUCACGGUUUUUCCUCCUCGACAUAUUGGCUCCGAUGAAUACCCUCACACUGUCAUGUUUAACUUCUCGGCGAGCGGUUUUCCAUCGUGGAUGCAUGAAACGUAAACGGAACGUGAAGGGAAGGUACCCGCUAAUCUGAGCUUGAAUAGACCCUCCACAAAAGGAAGAGAAAGAGUCUCGGAGCUAUAGUAGGAAAAUUAUGCAGCUCCCCCAGUCCCCACAUUUGCGAGGUGCCUGCUCCCUCUCCGUCCUUUAUUGAAGCCGUUCAUGAGCAGGUGUUUCAUAUUGUGACCCAAGGUUUUUUUUUUUCCCCCCUAAAGGGAGUGUCCUGAUCCCACUCGAUGCUUAACCGUCCCCUUACUAGGCUAUAAUGACCACAACUGCUCAGCUAAGCAGGCGUAUUGUUUUAACGCAGCGGUGGGACGUUCCCCAGAGUGCGCUCUCGCCCAAUGAGGAGCUGGUAAUUAGUCAUGUGACACAGACCAGGUGCAAGCAACUUGGGGAAAGUCCGUUUUGCCACGGAUGCUCCGAAACCCCGUGCUGCCCUUACUCCCCCUCCGUACCAACCUCGCAGAAAAGCUUCACUAGGUGCAGCUGGGGCCCCUCCCUUCAGCCCCCAACACUCUCGCGCUCUCUCUCUCUCUCCCUCUAGUUCUCUCUCUCACCCUCCCUCCUCCUUCUGCUCUCCUGCUCCUCGGAGCUUUAGUAUUCCCACUGAGGAAAGGGGCCUCCUUUGUCCUGACGAAGGGGAAAAAAAAAAAUCCCAAGUGCAGAUUUUAUUUCAGAGAGAAAGAGAGUGCACAUGAUGGCAGGCUUUCUAUGUAGCAAACAGUUAUUUGUUCAUUUUCUCCAAGGAUGCAGAUCACUCUAAAAAUUGUUGCUUUGUUUACGAUAAAAACCUGAACGUUCCAUUGGCCCAAAAAGUAAAAUUGCAGACAGACGGUAAUCGUUCUUAUUUAAUGCUUUCGCUUGCACUCAAAAAGUUCAGUCCCUCCCCAAAAGAAAUCGGCAGAUCUGACGUGUCCGAGAGGGAGUGCAAGUCGAUCGAAGUUGCCAUGGAGGUUGCUUUUUCUUUUUUUUUUUUUUUUUUUUACAUUAUUCGCCAUGUGCAUGACCAUCCCGGUGCAACCACCCCAACUCGCCAAACCCCCACCAAGCCCCAAGCCAAACGGCUACAAGGCAGCCAAUGGGAGCAAGACAUCCAAGUCCAAAAUGAAAUCAGACAAUUGAUAUUGACAGGAGAGCUGGGUGGACACGCCCCAUUUAGUGGCUGCUGGAGCUGAAUCAAAUUACACACCCACCCAGUGAGCCCUGCAUAUCAACCUAACGGAUUUUUGGCUGAGAGGAUUAGAGCAUUUGCAGGAUAGGCAAAGUCUCCAUUUUUGGGAUUUUUUUUUUUUAUGCCCUUCAAGAUGGGCUGCUGCAUAAGAAAGAAAGAAAGACAGACAGAAAAGAAGGCACUGAGAAAUGUAGUCCAUUUGAAAUGGGUCGGUUUUGUCCCUUUUGGAGACCUCAUGCGCCGCUGCCACACGUGUGGGACUGGUCGGGUGUCCGGGUAAGCUCACGAACGCUAAACGAUAGCGCUAGUCGUACGUUAGACAGUCCUGAUAGUCCGUCAGGAAAUUCAGAAGAAAAAAAAAAAGUGAUUUUAUUUAACGGGAGGGAACUUGUCAUGAACCGUAUGAACAUUCCACCAAACAAACUUCAGUUUGUUUAAAGCAUUUAGACUUUUUAAACGUCAAAAGGAUAAACAUCAGAAUCGAAUCUAAUUUACAGUGCUACACACGGGCAUUACUAUACAAAGAAUUCAAGCUAUGAAAAGCACUUACAUUAAAACACUUAUGUCUGGAUAAGAGAGAAGCACCUUAUAGAUCAAGACGAGCAGCAUGUAUCUGAAACCAAACAACUGGAGAGCACUGUAGACAUCUUCGAAUUAGUUUCUUCUUUCUUUCGUUGCCGUUCCAACCAAGUUCUUUCACAUUGCACUGGUAGAAGACGAGCGAGUAAACGAAUCUCUCGAACGCAAUUCGGCCGACGCAGGUAGCUACGCUUCUCUUAAAAACAAAGUGCAAAGCACGCUUUGUUAACUCUUUCACGAUCAGCGCUAAAUCAGGAUAAAACCACGGCCUAUUUGGAGGAAUGAACGUACGCAGGAUUUGUGUCUUUCUUUCCUCGUCAAAGCCAAAACUGCUAGAAAAAUUAUGCAAAUCACAUUCAGUGGCUUGGAAUUUUUUUUAGAAAACUGUGCCCGUGUCGAUAUUUUUCAAGAAAAAAAAAAAAGAAGAAAUGUAUUCCUGACUCCUCGUGUUCUUCAGGUGAGGGGAAUACAUACUAGCAAUAACAAACUAUAUUUUAACAACAGAUACAACAAUGCGUAGCUUUCAAAAGUUGUACAGAACUUCAUAUAGGCAUUGCUUAUUAGGUAAAAAUAAAAAAAAUUUAAAAACAUUUUCUUAAAACAAAAGCUUGCACAUUGUCCGAUACUUAGAAAUCCACCAUUCCAGACUAUUAUCGUCGUAUUAGCGUCGUUUCUCUGACCCAUAACGAAUCAUUAGCUGAUUUUAGUACAUACGGAUUAAACGUGUUCUCAGAGUAACUUUUGGACAGCGAUUCCGCAUGUUUUUGUUUUGUUUUGAUUGUUUGUUUGUUUUUGUUUUUUUCCUUUUUUUUUUCUUCCCAGCAAAUCACUGCAAAGAGCCAGGUACAUUUUUAACAGAGUAGCAUUUAUUUGCUAUUAAAAAUAUUUGUAUUUACUCAAAUAUAUUCGGAGAUAGCUAUAUCAUUUAAAAAAAAUAAUAAUAAUAAUAAUAAUAAUAAUGUGACUACCAUAGGCAUAUCGUGAGAAUAUAUUUCAGUAUUUAAGCCAAUUAUGAAACUAUUUUAAAAGUUCUAAAACUCUUUUGUUGGACAGUUUGUUUAUAUUAUAAUGGGACUAGUUAUAAUCCCAAUAGAAGGAUUAAAGUUUAAGUUAAGAGUGUUUAUGGUAGCCAAAGAAUUGAAAUGAGAUUCAAGGAAAAGAAAAAGUGAAAAUAUUAAAUAUAGCACUAAAUAAUGAGGGAGAAAGCCUUUGGAAACAGGGCAGUUCAGCGAACGUACAUAAAAAAAUAAAAAAAAAUUAAAAAUAAAUUAUUUUACAUUAUUGGGUGAAGAUAUAAAAUCUACAAAAACCUGUACAUCAAUUCAGACCAAUGAGUCAUGAUGACUACAAUCCGAAUAAUGUUGGACUUCGUGAUCGUGAUGUUGACAGUAACAACAACGACGAAGAGACGUACCUUGCUAUAGCUAAUCGAAAUCCUUGUGCUAGACGUGUUAAAACACUACAGGGCUACAGAUUCAAUCUGUUCAUUUGGGAACUAAAGGGGAAGGAAAGGUUUUUUCGUUUCAGUGCCAACGCGUUGUAUUUUGUGAAGGUAACGUUUAAGAAACUCUUUAGUUUUGGAGUAAGUACAUAGUGGUAACGUGGUUUAAUAAUAAUAAUAAUAAUAAUAAUAAUAUUAAUAAUAAUCCUUUUAGAUCCGUAUUGGUUAUGCAUGCUGAUUUAUUACAGAGCGUUUACCUUUUUAUCAGUUCAGAUCUGUGGAUAUAAUAGAGCUACAUGUUAUACAGAGAGCUUUAGUAAUGACUUCAUCUAGUGUUUGAACUAAUGACGUAUUAAGAUUCCCCCACCCCCACCCCUCCCCCCCUGAACUUUUAUCUAUCUAUUAUAGUAUCUAAUGCACAAUUACAUGGCAGUCACAAUAUUUCCAUAAAGCUACAAUCUAACCUUUUUUUUUUUUUUUUGGGCAUAGUGUUGAUAUUGACAUCUAUGGAAUUUUAAUUAUAGAACUAGAAAGAAAUCACUCUGACGUUAAUCCAGUUAGCAGGACUGCAGGCGUUUAUCUAUAAAACAGCAGCAAAGACACUAAAUGCACUAAAGCAAUUCUAAUGCCUUGGAAAUAUAGACAGGACGGUGCAUUCGAAUGUAAAAAAAAAAUAAAUAAAUAAAAAUUAAAAAAAGGAGAAAAAAAAACAGAAAAAGGAAAGAAAAAAAAAAAAACAGCACUCCAUCUGUGUAUGAUUUGCCUUUUUGAACCAUCAGAAAGAGAAAAGCUUUACGUUUUUUGAUGCCAUGGUUUAGGGAAAGUCGUUGCUCCACCGUAUCUGUUUAGAUUCUCCCUAUACAAAGCAAGUAAGGGGGAAAGUCUUAUAACAUUUUUCGUAAGAUUCUAUUUUGCUAACAUGGGUUAUUAUUUCAUACAAAGAGGGAGAGGUCAGUAUCUGGAUGUUAUUUAUGAAUAUCUUAAAAUGAAGCAAACAUAUUUAUAAGUAACUUCGAGACGUUUUGUUUUUUAAUUAAUAAAAAAAAAAAAGUUAAUAUAUUUCUAAAAAAAAAAAAAAACACGAUGUUGAUUUCUACUAAAAUUAAGAUUAUAGAAUUUUUUAUUUAUAAAUAAGUAAAAAAAAAAAAAGUUAGAUAAAUCCUUCGUACCUCUGACGGUGUAAAACGAGGUGGGCGGUAGGGGCUUUUACAGGAUUAUAUUUUAACUUCAGAUUUUCAAGCGUUAACGAUGGAAUAAGUUCAGGAAAAAAAAAUACACAAAAAAAAUAAUAAUUUUACAAAUAUUUUGUAGGAUUAGGAGGUAUUUUAGUCUCAAGUUUGUGCCUCAAUCACAUUUUAGCACUGCAUCAACACUUGGCACACGUGUUGUUUGCCUGCUGUACUUUAACUAACCCCAUACUGCUGACUGAACACAAUCCUUUACUCCCUCAUUUCUGGUUUCAAUAAUGUCUAGAAUUUUAUUUAUUUAUAUAUAUAUUUUUUUGGGGUUUUGUUUCAUUUCUUUCUACUUUUAAACGCUUCAUCUGUUUCGACUACAGUGAAGUGAAAGGGCGUCACAGAGGUGUGUGGAGUGGAGAAGCAGGUGGAUAAUUGUGCAUAUACACACUUUUUUUUUUUUUUUUGAGCAUACAUCUACUACAUUCUGGGAAAUACCACUCCCCUCCCACCCCCCGAAAAAAUAACAGGGUGCUUUGAGUGUUAUGAACAAAACAUUUCAUUUAAAAAACAAACAAACAAACAAACAAAAAAAAAAAACGCCUCGACAUUUCCGCUUCUCUAUCUCAGUGUAAUGUAGUAGAUCUAUGCCGAUAUCAGUAAACACAGAACACUCAUAUAUUCUCCAACACAGUAGUUUGCAUGUAUCUUGUAUCAUCGCCAGGCUGGAUAACGGUACUAAAGAUGUUUUUUUGUUGCAUACAAGUGAAGGCUUUCUGUACACACUACACUAAAGGGCUGAUGAAUACUUGGUUGUGUAUUUAUUUUUAUUUGUUUGGGUUUUUUUUUGUUUUGUUUGGUUUCUGCUUGUAGAUUUUCAUCACUGACAGGAAAACACACGUAACAGCGGAUCGUUAUGUUUUUAAGGAUAGCCUCAGCUCUUACAUGGUGAAAUUGUAUCUCGACUGUUUUGACUUCAUAAUGGCAAAGCUAAUUGUGUAGCGUGGUUUGAUUUGUUUCAGUAUGAUAGUGACACAAAAAAGGGCGGGGCGGGGGUUUAAGGGGUGAUCAUGUUCUUUUUCGGGCUUGCUUUGGAUAGGGUAACUCCGCUCCAACGGUCUGUCUUUGGUAGCUUUCAGAAUCUUCCGACUCAGUAGAAAAGUUUAAAAAAAAAAAAAAAAGAUUAAAAAAAAAAUAAUAAAAAGUGUUUCAUAUUAAUAAACUCAUGUAGUGGUCUUAGUGCAUUAGUUUGGACCGGCAUCUCCUGCUCUAAGUGUUUAGGUUCUUGUUGGUGAGUGAGAAAGGUUCGCCAUACCAUAGGGUUCGUUUUUGGCUAGCCAAUACUUCAAAGACCUUGUUAAUUUUCUUCUUUUUUCAAAACCUUUGGUCGUUCAUACGGUGCCCACACGAGGCAUACAAUUUUGCAGGUUUAUUUCUUAGCAAAGGUUCUCUGUGAGUUAAUUUUUGUUUGUUUGUUUUUAUAUUUGACCAAUGUAUGUAUACCAUACUAGUUUUUGUUAUUUUGUUACUUUCCAAACAUGUAUUGUAAAUGUUUCUAAUAAAAAUCAAUUUAAUAAUCUUGAUGAAAUCUGCUGGAAUCUCUGAUCCGACGCCGGCGUUAGACCGAGGAGACAAGCGGCUAAAAGCAAAACACAAUAUAUUUAUAUUAUAUCCAAAUAUACACAUUUAUUAAGCAACAUAAAGUUUCCUUCUUACAUUUCAUCCCUUCAUAUAUGAAUGCCACAAAUGUUAGAGAGGGAAAGAAAAAAAAAAAACAACAAAAAAAAAAAAAGACGCCACUUUUUAAUUUCACUUUUGGGUUCAUUUUACGAAACCAGAACAAGAUGGAAGCUCCCAAGGAGAGAUCCGUGUUUUCCCCUGGUUACUAGACGAUCUUUUAAUUUAGCAUUUCCAAUUUGUUUUUGGUGCAAUAACGCAGUGUUUAAUCUCGGAAUAUUUUACCUUUUCCUCGGUGAAAAGUACUGCUGGUUCUCGAGGAUUUCUAAAAAUGCAUAAAAACACCUUGACGCAUCAAAUCUAAAAACGCUUGAGAACGGGGUUAAAGUCAGCGAUGAACGCUAAACAUCACGGGUUCUUCACAAACCCGUAAUGUGAUUAAAAGACUCCUCCUAAUUGACGUGAACUGAAAACUGCACUAGAACUACAGACAAAACGACCUUCACCGGAGCUCUACCUUACCUUGAAAAAGGGAUAAAUCUGACCUACCAUGACCUCCAUUUCACCAUGACUCCAACCCAGGGAGAAAAGGACGGCGAACAGAGAAAUAGCGUGAGAGAUGGGACACAAUUAACAGAGAUCCCGGAGGGUAUGGCUUUCUUCGGGUUACAUGCAGUAUAUUAUAGGGAUGGGCAAUGAGGACUUCACUUACAGUAAGACAAGCCCCUUCCAGUACACCAGAAACUCCUCAGUGAGCAGCUCAGCGUGCCACUGUUGCUCAGUCCUGCAACAUAAUCCGUCCAUGUAAAGGGAUGAGCCUGCCUCUGCCUUCCUGUUUCAUGCCUCCGUCUUAGUCCAGGUUAAAUGACUCACUGAUAAAACGGCACCUAGAAAUACCUCUAAAGCAAAGCGGAUCCACUCAAACAAACAUUUUUUUUUUUUAAAUCACCCAAAAGGAAACAGCAGGAAAACUCCAAACAAACAAACAAACAAACAAACAAAAAAACACAAACACUUGAUUAAUUCAUGUUACUCUUUACUCAACCCUGGAGAAAAUACAGUUAACUCAACCCUUAAAUAUCAAACAGACCAACAAACACCAUCUAAAUAAAACACGUGCUAAAAAAAAAAAAA